CAAUCCUCUGUUCAUGUUCAUGAGCCUUUAAGAAAAUGAAACCUUCCCUCCCUCAAUUUCUCUUCUUCACAAUCCUUUGGUUUGAUUUUCAUCUCUGUUUCAGCAAUGACGCCAACGAGGAAUUCAAAGCUUGUAGCGUGUAUUACAGCUGCGGAGUUUUGGUUAACAUCUCGUAUCCAUUCUGGGGGAAUGAGCGGCAGCAAUUCUGCGGUCGGCGAGAAUUUGAACUUAAUUGCAAAGACAACAAAACCACCACAAUUCAAAUCAAUUCUGUGGAAUAUAACGUAGUGAACAUCAACCAAACAGAUCAUAGCAUGACGAUCGCAAGAUCGGAUCUCCUCGAUGAUUACUGCCCUAAAAUUCAAAUAAAAACGGCGACGUUGGGUCACAAUCUGUUCAAAUACUCAUCCAACGAUCUGAAUCUCUCCCUCUGGUACGAUUGUCCAGUGCUAGAGGGAAUCCGGCGGGAAAUGACAUUUGAGUGCGGAUCGUCUGAAGGGGAGCGAAGAGGGAGAGUGAAUUAUGCUUUGGAGAAGAAGGACGCGAUGAAUUGGAGAAGAAACAUGAGCGAGUGUAGAGUGAAAAUGGAAGUGACAAUCACGAAGGAGGUAUUGACAGAAGGAGAAAAGAACAGAACGAUGGUGGUGGAAAGGGGAAUGAAAGAAGGGUUUGAAGUUGAAUAUGGGGAUUUGUACACCAUAGCUUGCGAGGGAUGCAAGGAACAGGGCGGCGCAUGUGGCGGAAACACGAGCAAAGAGUUUCGUUGCGUUUGUGGGAAUGGAAAUGUACAUCCGUACAUUUGCAAAUCUUCUUCUUCCUCUUCUCCUCCUCCUCCUCCUCCCGCUGCACCAUAUCUAGAUGUCAUAUGGCUGGAUACCAAAACAGGAGGACCAUAUACAAACCAUAGAAGAAAGUCUGCCAUUAUAGGAGGAACUUCUUCAGGAGGCUUCGUUUUAGUAAUCUCCAUUAUCAUCUUCAUCUACUGGAAGAGAAAAAGAACCUCAAAUAAAGACAAAAUUGAGAAAAUUAUUAGAAGAUAUUCCAUACAGACACCCAAGCGAUACAGUUACUCUAAGUUAAAGAAAAUCACAGACUGCUUCAACAACAAGCUUGGCCAAGGAGGAUUUAGCACUGUCUACAAAGGAAAGCUACCAAAUGGAUGUGAUGUGGCUGUGAAACUUUUGAAUGAAUCCAGACAAGAAAAUGGCCAAGAUUUUAUCAAUGAAGUUGUUAGCAUAGCCAAAACUUCACACAUAAACAUAGUCACACUCAUAGGUUUCUGUUAUGAGCAGAACAAAAGGGCUUUGAUUUAUGAAUAUAUGCCUAAAGGGUCAUUAGAUAAGUACAUAUACCACAACAGGCUGCAAGAAAAUGAUAUGAAGUUGGAUUGGAACACACUUUAUAACAUCGUUAUUGGAGUGGCACGAGGCUUAGAGUACUUGCAUCGUGGUUGCAACACAAGGAUUUUGCAUUUUGACAUCAAACCACAUAACAUUCUUUUGGAUAGUGAUUUUUGUCCCAAGAUUUCAGAUUUUGGACUUGCCAAGCAAUGUGAGGCAAGAGAAAGUCACGUGUCGAUGACAGGCGUGAAAGGGACGAUAGGAUUUAUUGCACCCGAAGUAAUAUUCAGGAACUCUGGCAAGGUUUCUCACAAGUCUGAUGUGUAUAGUUAUGGAAUGUUGAUUCUUGAAAUGGUGGGAGCAAGAAAGAAGCCCAAUGAAGGAGUGGAGCAAAAGAGUGAAGCGUAUUUUCCAGAUUGGAUAUAUAAGGAUCUUACACAAAGUGAAAUAGAUGGAGGAUGUUGGUGGGGAAACACAAAAGAAGAAGAAGAAAUGGCAAGAAAAAUGAUCAUCGUGGGACUGCAUUGUAUACAGACACUGCCUGACGACAGGCCAUCGAUGACCAAUGUGGUUGUGAUGUUGGAAGGCAGUGUUGAUGUCUUACAGAUUCCACCAAAACCCAACAUGUACGGACCUCCAAACAUUGAACAGCCUCAAGCUUCUUUUUCCUCUUUGUCCAACAAAAUCCCUAGUAUCAGUUUGAUACACUCUAGCAGAGAAGCAACACAACAAUAGUCAUCAUGAAUGAAGACUCUAAGAUCUCAUAUCUUUUAUCCCUUGUAAUUCAAAUCGAGAAAAUUUUGACUUGAAAUUUUGUUCAAACUACUCACUUGAUGAAUAAUUUACCUCCUGCAAUUGCUGUAGGAGACUUGGUACUUUUA